UUAUCUGUUGCGCUAAGUUAUAGGAAAGCGCUAGAAACGGUCCAAGAGAGAGAAGUAACAGGGUAAUCUCCCGAGACGCAGUGCAGGUGCAAUAGAGCUCCUUGUUUUAGAGAGUGGUCAGAGGCAGAGAGACGGUUCUGAUACUGGUGCUGAUACUGUGAGGAGGACGAUAGUCCUGAGCACACACAUUUUAGGUGCUGCAGAUGGCUUAGAAGGAAACACGAGGCAGAGGCAGUUCUGCUAGAGCCGGAAAAUUUUGUCAGGGAAAUGCUUAAAAGUGCAGUGAGCUGGGAGAUUGUAGCAGAAUACUGUGUAAAUAAGAAGACGAGCGGAGGCUGCAGAGGGCCUCCAGUGGCAGUAGACGCCAGCAUUAACAUGAUCCAAUGGAAGUGUCAAACAGGCAAAGAUAAUCAGCUUCGCAGAGUAGUAGUAGUAGUAUUUAUCAUGUGAAUAUUUAGCUCAAACAACUUUUAAAGUCGAAUUAUCUGCUUGGAGGAAUUGUGUUUGAAGUGUGAGAAUCAUGUGUUUGAUUUUAAAUAAAAAAAACUUAACUAUUGUUGCAUAAGAGAUGCAUCACUUUGCAAAAAAAUAGACGUAGGAAACAAUCUUACAUGAAUUAUGAUUCAGAGAGUUCAAUAAACGUGCUGAUGUUCUUUCCAUUAGUUAGGUAGAACUGAAGAUCAUCAGAUGAGGCGGUUUCCGCGAAGUGAGAGUGCGCGCUUUCAUUUUUCGAGCCAUUUCCGAAGUGCAACAGAAUAUAUGUAACAAUUAGGAUCUCUCGCAUCGGCGGCGGGGAAUCCGAUGGCGGGGAACUCUUUGUAUGUGUUAUGUGUUAGGUUUACCUUUCACCUUUUAUUCGCAUCCUCCGGCUCGUUACAGUAACGACCCGUUGACAUUCCCACCGGAUGCGUCACUACCAUAACACACAAGAAUGCCGAGAACAGUGCGACUUCAGAUCAUCGUCUUCGCGUUUCUGGUGACCAUCAGUUUUCUUUGGAUAUCGCGCGUUUCGCGGCCGGAAAUCAUGGUUCGCAACACCACGCCGAGCACAAGGGUUGUCGGCUCUUUGGCACCGUACAGGCACGUAACAAAGUCCUUAUCGGAAUUAGGGAAGAUGGAUGAAGUUAGUGCGCACAUACUGAUGCUGAACGCCGUUCCGAAAUCUGGAUCGGAGAUAUUGGUUUUGUUGAUCCAGUGGUUGCAGGGUUGGAAUAACUUCAGACACGUGAGACUGAAAGGCAGCAAAAGGAAGUUGAGCAACUUGGAGCAGGAAGAAUUCGUGGAUGAUUUUUAUAAGACAGUUAGAGAUGAGGCGGUUCCACUGUGCUUCGACAGAAACAUGUACUUCAUCAAUUUCACCCGCUUCGACAAACAAUCCCCGACUUACAUAAACUUAAUCCGUGAUCCAGCGGAUUACCUCAUCUCCAGGUUCAACCAUCUGAUGGGAAAGAAAGUUUCCAGCUUCGACGCGAUCGAGGACUGCAUUUUAAAGAGACGAUCCAAAUGUGAUCUGCAUUCAGGAAUGCAUUACGAUUUAGCUAUUCCUUACUUCUGCGGACAAGAUCCGCGUUGCGCAUUGCUCAACGACGAUUGGGCCUUGGACCAGGCGAAGUCCAACGUUGAAAGGUACUAUUCCGUCGUGGGAAUCCUGGAGGAAGUGAACGCCACGUUGCAGGUUUUCGAGAAGGACGUUCCCUUCUUUUUCAAAGGCGUGCAGCGAUUGUAUUACAGAGAUUUAUUACAGCCGUUUCAUAGGAAUCGCAAAAUGAUAAAAGCAAGCGAUAAAUUUCGUAAAUACGCAAAGUUGAUUUUAGCCAAAGAGUACGAGUUUUACGAGUGGAGCAAGAGGAGACUGUUCAGGCAAUUGGUGCAGAGCAAUUGAUACCAGUAUUUACAUUGAAGCAGUA